UUAGUCGAACGGGGGCGCUCACUCAAGGGAGAUGUGCUGACUUGUGCUCGAGUAUAGGCUGUAUUUCGCUCAUCCAGCACACCCGAGGACAUUACAUUCAUUGCCUCUAAGAUCCAGUGAACUAAAUCAGGUGUCAUACGUUUACUAUCGAAUAAACAAGACCAACGAGCACUGAAGCUAUAUAAUACUUUAUUGGCGCGCCUAGAUUCUGCAGCGUCAAGUAGCUAAAACAUAACAUUUCGUCAGGAAAUUCAUCGGCUCGAAACAGAAUAAUAACCAUGUCACUGUAUCCAUCUCUAGAAGACAUGAAGGUGGAUAAGUUCAUGAAGGCUCAGAACACCCCUACUGCGAGCCCAAUAAAGGCUUUACCUCCUCCAGAACCUGAGCCUUACUAUGAUGCAAAAUCUGAAGAGCAAGCUACUUCUAACAGAUUGUACCCUGAGCUGAAUGAGUUUAUGGGUCUAAAUCUCAGUGCAGAAGCUCAACAAAGUCUUUCCUAUUCAGUUCCAGACCAGACCAGUGGGGUUCUUAGUGUCUGCACAUAUGGAAUGAGCUGGGUGGCAGCCCCCAUAACAGGAAGUGACCUAGGGGUGAAGCGGGCAGAGAUUCGACAGGGUGUUCGGGAGGUGGUGCUGUGCAAAGACAUGGAUGGGAAGAUUGGCCUCCGCCUCAAAGUCAUAGAUAAUGGUGUGUUUGUGCAAUUAGUGCAGGCUAACACUCCUGCAGCACUGGCAGGGCUGCGCUUUGGUGAUCAGAUUCUGCAGAUCAAUGGCCAAUCAUGUGCCGGCUGGAGUAGUGAUAAUGCACAUAAGGAGCUUAAGAAUGCCAACCCAGAGAAGAUCAUUUUGGCUGUGCGAGACAGGCCAUUGGAGCGAACUGUUACUCUUCACAAGGACAUGAACGGGCAGCUCGGUUUUCUUUUUAAAAAGGGCCGAAUCACCUCAAUAGUAAAAGACAGCUCAGCUGCACGUAACGGCCUCCUUACUGAUCAUCAGAUCUGUGAGAUCAAUGGUCAGAAUAUAAUCGGACUGAAGGACUCCCAAAUCACAGACAUCCUUAAUUCCAGCGGAGGAGUUGUCACGGUAACUGUGAUGCCAGUGGUCAUCUUUGAACACAUGAUGAAAAGGAUGUCCAGCAGUAUUGUAAAGUCACUAAUGGACCAUUCUAUUCCUGAGGUGUGAGAUCGUUUGGAUCAAACUGUACAGCUGAGGAUGAUUUGGCCAUGUUUUUGGAGGGCUCACAUUUUGUUUGGAGCACAAGUUCAGUUGUGUGUCCACAAUCAUGUGAUUUUAUGUAUGUUUAUGUACGUUUAAGAGGUUAUUGUUGGGCAAAGAAAGACAAAGCAAGGAGAACACAAGAGAUAUUUGUUUCAGUUUUUCCUUUAUAUGUAUUGUACCCAAAAUUGACAAGUUCUGUAUUCAUUUACUUACCUUUAUGUUGUUCCAACCCCAUAUGCGUUUCUGACAUAUAACACAAAAGAAAAUGUUAGGCCAUAUGCAAAAUGUUCACACUGCUCUUUUCCUUACACUGAAAGUGGGGUCGGAUGCUUUUGAACCUAAAAAGUACAGCAUAUUAUUCAACUUACUGUCCUAUAUUCUAACUCAUAUGAAGGCAAAUAUAAUGUGGAACACAUUGGAAUGUAAGUCAUUAUUUACUGAUUAAAUUCACUUAUCCUCUCCUCUGCCAUAGCUGUCAAAUGUCAUUCACACUUUUGCAUAUUAAAACUGGUUCAUCACGAUCAAUCAUAACACACGCAACAACCUAUGCAGUUUGGCAUCAUUAUGUUGGUGUGACUUGUCUUCACACUUCUUAAUUAUAUAUACAUGAAUUCAAAUAGGGAGCUGCAGUGGAGAAGAUUUUCAGCAAAUAACAACUUAAACAUCAGUAUUUUUCCCUAUACAAAGCUAUUGUAUAGCUUCAGAAGACUUACAGCACACAAGUCAUAUGGUUUAUUUUUAGGACAUAUUCAUAGUGCUUUUUUGAAGUACUCUGUCCCCAUUCAUGUUCUCAUUUUAGUGUGAAUAUUCUGCAUCUCCUUAGGUUUAGAAUAAGGUUUGGAACAACAUAAAGAUGAGUAAAUGUUGACAGAUUUUCAUUGUUGGGUGAUGCCUUUAAUUCAUCUCCUUCAUCUUUAGAUAUUUUUGUUAAGCCUGAAGCUUAUUUCAAUUUCUUGUAACAUAAUAUCACACAAAAAGCAUUCUGAAUUAUCAUCAACAUGCAUUGCAGCAUGCUGAUGCAGUAAAUCAGUCAUAAUAAUAAUGCUGUUAAAAUUACAUUCUAAAAGCCAUUUUU